UCUUUACAAAGUACAGUAGAGAUCGUUCACAGCAGUUAGUAUGACAGAUAACGAAAAAGAAACGCUGGAAAGGAAUCUAAACUUAUUUUUUGGGGAGGCUUUUGAAGACAUCGCCCAAUAUGCCACGGACCCGCCUGAUGUACAGCCUGUGGUCGAUUAUUUUGUGAAUGAUGGUUUUAUGCAACCAAAGUUAACUGAAUGGAAAGGCUACAAAAUGUACGGAAUUGGCUUUAAUAUGAACACGGUUAAGUGGGUGUAUGAAAACUGGACUCCGUGGAAGGAUGACGUCAUCGUUGCGUCAUUUCAAAAAAUUGGUACAACAUGGGCAAGUUAUAUCGUACGUCAACUCUACUUUAGACAUGACGAAAAGCUGAUGGCAAUGACAAAAAACAUGGCGAUGCCAACUAUUUACCUUGAAACAGGCCUCCCUGUAAAAUUUGAACUACUGGAGAAACUACCGUGGAAGAAACGAGUGCUGGCAACCCAUGUACCUACACCUCUCCUUAACUUAGAAAAGAUCAAAUCUGCCGGAGCCAAGAUAAUCUGCACAAUACGUAACCCAAAAGACCAAAUGGUAUCCUGGUAUCAUAUGACUCUCAAAUUUCCAAUGAACCCAAAUGCAACAAAGUAUUUUGAAAUGUAUCCGAAGGAUUGGAACCAUUUUUUUGACUUGUGUUUUGCAGGUAAGCAACUUCUGGGCAACAAGAAAGGAGAAUGGUACAUGGAGCAUUUGUUGUCAUGGUACCCACAUAGAAACGACUCGAACGUUCUGUUUGUGUUUUAUGAAGAUCUGAUACAGUAUCAAGAAAGGGAAAUUAAGAGAAUAGCUGACUUUCUUGGGGUUGCUGUGUCCGAUCAAGACGUUUCAAGCAUUGCAAAAGAAACUUCUUUCGAAUCGUUGAAAGAAAAGAGCAAUGCCUCCGAAAAGUUGGCGGAUUUAUUUCGAAAAGGCAAGGUUGGAGAUUGGAAGAAUUACUUCACUGUCGCACAAUCAGAGAAAAUGGAUGCAUUGGUCAAGGAGAAGUUGGCUGACACCGAUAUUAAGUUUAUUUAUGAACUGUAGAUAUAGUGCUGCGGGGUAGGAUGAGAUACCGCUGGCACUUGAAUUCAUAAUUUCCUGAUCGUGUUUUAAACAUUUAAUCAGUUCUUUUAGAGUCGCGAGGAUGCGAUGAUUUUGUAAAUAUUCUUUUUUAACCUUUUAGCACCCUAUAAUAUGUAAAACGUAAUUGUGCAAUUUAUUAACAAUUGUCCGACGCCGUAGCACAGUUAGUUGGGGCUCCUGCCUCAAACCCAGAGGUAAUGGGUUAAAGGUUCGUUAUUGCUACUAUUGUGGGCGUAUGUGUCCUUGGGCAAGGCACUUAACAGCAAUUGCUCCAAUCCAGUGGUUACUAAUGGGUUGUCCAAAUUAUUAACAACACAUAAAAAAAAAUUCAGAGAAAAUAAUCACCUACAAAGUAACAUACUUGGUAACUCGUAAGCUGGAACAAGGUGUUUGAAACAGAACACCCGUAUUAUAACGACUGUCGUUUCCCGGUCACGCGAGGAUAAAGUAAGUUACAUUCAUUCAAAACACAUUUGCAUACCUGACAUCGACACAAAGCAUGAACAUGUUUUAUUUUACUGCAUAUAUUGUUUUAUACAUUUUCUUAUCUAAUAAUAGGUAGCCCAUACAUUCUACACGGAUAAAAUAUUUGAACUUUCAUUGUAAAUCUAUUUAUGAACCUAGAUACUUAUGAUCUAAAGUGUUCCUCUUAUUUUUACACUAAUAUGAAUGAAAUUAAUUUGCUGUAAUUAUUAAAAGCAGGUAUUUUGUUUGCAACUAAGAAAUAUUCAAAAAAUUGAGAUAAAAGGAUAUUGUGUACUUGAUUAUAUAUCAAUUUCUGCA